ACGUAUAAUCUAGUGGACGGGACGCUCCUUCAACAACAACAGCUAGUCAACCACCUCCGUAGCUUUCUAGCAAACAUAGCUACAACAUUCACGCGCUUUACGCUGUUUUUGGUGUAUAUUAGUCGCUGUGUAUUAAACACACUUCUGUCGUAUGUACUUGUUGGCCCAUUGAAUUAUAUAUUUACGUUGUUUGUCAGCUAGCUGGUUUGCUAAAUUAGCUUAGAACUAGGCUAGUCGCUAAUGCUAACUAGCUAACAUCUCCGACCAUGAGUUCACUAAGCUACUCUCCUCCUGCUAAAGAAGAUGAGAUCUGCUGGACGGAGAAAGAAGCUCUCUUCAAAGAGGAGGCUGUUAUAGUGAAAGAAGAAGAGAAAGACGUUUCAGUGAAAGAAGAGGAAGACUCGUUCAGAGUGAAAGAGGAGGAGAAUGGUACAGUAAAAGAAGAGGUGGAUGCAUUUUUUGGACUGAAAGAGGAGGAGGGGGAGAUGACUGUCACGUCCAAAAAGGAGGAGGAAACUGGAUAUCUGGGCCCGGUUUCCCAAACUCAUCUUAAGGCAUCCAAUGGUUCUAACGAUGAACUUAGCCGUAAGAUGGUUUUGAGAAACCGGGCUCUGAUUAACACUAGAGAGAGAAGGGACUAUCGUGGAUCCUCUGGGGAGCCUCAACAACCUCAUGGUGCUGACGAGGCAGAGAAGCGUCUCUCCACAUCAGAACACCUCAAGAAACACCAGCAGCAACCCACAGGGAAGAAAUCUCACCACUGCUCUCACUGUGGGAAAAGUUGCAAAUCUUCAUCAGAACUUAAAAUACACCUGAGAAUUCACACAGGAGAGAAACCGUUUGGCUGUGAUCAAUGUGGGAAGAGUUUUACUCGGCUACAAACCCUGAAAUCACACCAGAGAAUACACAAUGGAGAGAAACCUUAUAGCUGUGAUCAAUGUGGCAAGAGUUUUACUACAUCUAGCUAUCUAACUAUACACCUGUUGAACACACACAUGAGAGAAACCGUAUAGCUGUGAUCAUUGUGGGAAAAGUUUUACUACAUCUAGCUAUCUAACUAUACACCAGAGAACACAUACAGGAGAGAAACCAUAUAGCUGUACUCAAUGUGGGAAGCGUUUUACUCAGCCAGACAGCCUGAUAUUACACCAGAGAACACACACAGGAGAGAAACCUUAUAGCUGUGAUCAAUGUGGGAAGAGUUUUUCAACAUCUAGCAUUCUCACUAUACACCAGAGAACACACACAGGAGAGAAACCAUAUAGCUGUGCUCAAUGUGGGAAGAGUUUCUCUACAUCUAGCUAUCUCACUAUACACCAGAGAGCACACACAGGAGAGAAACCAUAUAGCUGUAAUCAUUGUGGGAAGAGUUUUACUCAGCUAAACAGCCUGAUAGUACACCAGCGGACACACACAGGAGAGAAACCUUAUGGCUGUGAUCAAUGUGGAAAGAGUUUUGGUACAUCUGGCUGUCUGAAGACACACCAGAGAACACACACAGGAGAGAAACCUUAUAGCUGUGAACAAUGUAGGAAGAGUUUUUCUACAUCUAGCUAUCUCACUAUACACCAGAGAACACACACAGGAGAGAAAUCUUAUAGCUGUGCUCAAUGGGGGAAGAAAUACCCUGAAAUACUCUGAUAUAAGAUCUCUGAUUAAACAUCAGAAAAUACAUGAAGGAGUUGUUUCAUGAUAUCAAUGAAAGAAUGUUAACACAUUGUAGAAGGAUUAUUCUAUUGAUUUUAGCCUCAGGGGAAAAAUGUAGGCUCUGAAUUGAAAGAGUACUAUUUAUGAGAUUUAACAAAAAGUGACUAACACAAAAAGAGUUGUUACACUUACCACGUUGGUGACCCAAAAUCAAAAUGAAUCAAAAUGAAACACUUCAAAAUGUAGCUAGUUGUUUUCUACAAAUUGUCUUCUAACCAGUGAUGUACACAUUUUUCCCAGAUUCCGUGUGGUUUUUGCUGUGUUAGUUUUAACAGGACGUGCAACCUCAUCUCCCUCUUCUCGGCACAAUUGAUUUCAAUAUGAUAUCGAUGAGUGAUGACAAUAAGUGUUGCGUUCCUUUGUUUAGCAACCCCAACAUUUAAAUGCAUCACUCCAAAAUAUAGCUGACUGUCUUCUGCAGGUUGUCCUCUAACCAGUGAGGUAAAAUAUAUCUCCCAUUUCCAUGUGUUUUUUUUAGUUGUGUUAGUUUCAACAUCACGUACAACCUGAUUUUCCCCCUAAUUGAUAUCAGUGAUUUAUUGCUUCUUGUCAAAACAACAGCGUUUCUGGUACUUGUGCAGUUUAUAAGGUGCUUGUUUUAAAAAUACAAGUAAUGUGAUUAUUGUGGCAGAUGUUUGUGUAUAUAGCACAUUUUAUGUUUAGGUUUUAAAUUUAUCCCAAACUCUUUGUGCAUAUUGGUUAUUGAUUUGGACACAUUAAAACUGUGUUUUGACAUUGGGCUAUCCCACCUAGCACAAUGUAAUUGGAGACUUUGAAAAUAAGACUAUGCAAUCAAAUAUUUCAUAUUUACAUUUCAUGUAACAUUUAGUAAUAAUAAUUAUUCAUGCAACCAACUUACAAUUUUUGGUACAAUUAUAUUGACAUUGUUGCCCUGCUUUUAGAAUAUCAGGGUUCAUUCUCAGAUGUGCCAACCCAAAUGUACUAGAGCAUGACAUUGGAGACUGGGCCCCGAUCCAACAACAUGACUAUCUAGUGAACUCUGAAAAGAGAGAGAAGCUCUGCAGUGAGGUGAAAAGUUUCUACGGAUAUUAAGGAGCUAGUUCUAGAAGCUAGUGAGUUUUAGGAAGACGAGAGUUCUAGAAGCUAGUGAGUUUUAGGAUUCUAUAGAAAGAAAAAGGAGAAAAGAUACGAUUGUAUAUUAUUAUUUAGAAAUGUGUUAUUUCUUGUUUUUAAUUGUUGAUAGCCAGUAGACACCAUGUUUAUAUUGUGGAAGGUGAAGCAUUGUAGUUGAUUAUAAUGUGAAAUGGAAGUUUUCUGUUGGUGGUGAGCAAACUUAUAAAAUAUAGGAUAUAUUUGUUGUCUUAAGGAGGAAGGUGUUACAGGCUUUGGUUUUUCCAUUUAUGUUUUGAGGUUGGACUUUAGCACAUAGGGCGCACUUAUUGGUGUCACCUCGUUAGUCAGUAUGUGUUACACCUGUGCUGGCUUGUCCAUCUCGUUAGUGGGAAGGUGUUUCACCUGAGCUGGUCCAGGUUCUAUUUAAGAGUGUCUGGCCCAGUGCUCCAGUUGUCUUGAUAGAUGUGGAGAGUCAACACCUUUAGUUGCUCCACCUUUUUGGUUUACUUUCUGUCUGUAAGUUUGGUGUGGGUUUUCCUUUUGUUUGCCUCUUCUUGGGCAGAUUUAGUGGGUCUCAUGGUUGGUGUCUUUUAGGUCCCAGUUGUUGUUACUAGUCAACUUUCAGUCGACACCCCCAUAGUGUCUUUGAGAACCCCUCCUAAAAAACAAGCUUAUAUUUAGGGUUGGAUAUUGCAUCCAAUUAGUGUUUUAAUCAAUGGCAUUUCCUUAGAAUGCUCAUUGGUCUUUCAGUUGUUAAUCUUCUGUUUUUUUUAUCCUGUUAUUUUUGUGUAUGAAAUAUUUCUGUUUAUUUUCAUUGUUUUCUCCUGUGAAGCCAUUGUGUUGCAUCCAUGUCUGAAAUGUGCUGUAUAAAUAAAGCUUGAUUUGAUUUCAACAAAUGAA